CAGAAUUCAGACAGGACUCGUCUCUCUUGUUGACGACAGUCAUCUGGAAAAAUGGCGGAAGGUAAAUUGGUUUCGGAGCUCCGAAAGGCACGUAGUUUGGCUGUGGGUCUAGCGAGAGAAGUCGACAUGAAGAAUCAAAGGCUAUGGGAAAUGGAGCGCCAUUCCGAAGAGAUAUCUUCCCGCCUUCAUUCCAUGAUCGCGGAGAAAGAUCGCAUGAACCAUUCGUUUUCUGAAGAAAUGAGAAAGAUGCAGGUGCUUGGAUCACAAAAUACCAAAUUGAAGACUGAAUUGGAAUGCCAAUUGAGCAAAAUGCAUGUACUUUUUCAAGAAAGCGAAAAGCUGAAAGAGGAAGUAGCAUAUCAACGAAAAGAACUUGAACUAAGAGCUAAUGAACUGGACAAAAGAGAGUCACAACUUGAGAUUGAACGCAAAAGCUUUUACAAAGAGAAGGAAAAGAUAGCUCAAAACCCCUUAGACAGUGAAUAUGGUAUGAGUGUCCUUAUCAACGACUUAAGGGAAAAACUGGCUGAAAAAGAGGAAGAAUUACAUGAUAUGGACAUUUUAAACCAAACUUUGAUACUUAGAGAACACAUGAGUAACAACGAGCUACAAGCUGCUCGAAAGGAACUGAUAAAUGUUUUGCCCCAAGUUUUGGAGGGAACUUCUAUAAUUGGCUUAAAAAGAAUGGGAGAAGUUGCUCAGAAACCUUUUCAAGAUGUGUGUUUGCAGAGAUAUUCUAGUCAAGAUUGGGAAAUGAGAUCAGUUGAGUUAAGUUCAUUGUGGCAAGAUAAGGUGAAUACUCCAAAUUGGCAUCCUUUCAAACAAGCUGUAAAAGAUGGAAAAUUACAGGAAAUAAUAGAUGAAGAUGAUAGCCAUUUGAGAGAGUUAAAAAGUCAAUGGGGUGAGGAAGUAUGUAAUGCUGUAGUGAAGGCGUUGUUGGAAUUAAAUGAAUAUAAUUCAAGUGGGAGAUAUGUUGUAUCAGAGCUUUGGAACUUCAAGGAAAAUAGAAAAGCUAGUCUUAAAGAAGUUAUUGAUUGCUUAGUCCACCAAUUAAAAGCAAGUAAGUCACUUAAACGUAGGAGAGAUGGUCAACGCCCAAAUUGACUUCUUAACAAACUCACUCUUUGUUAUUAUACAUUUAAAUUGUUGUAUGGUAAUAUAACUUCAAAGACUUUUGACUUAAUAUAUGAAAUAUUGGGUGUUUGUAAAA